AUGCUGCUUGCAAUUUACCAUGUUACAGCUAUGAACAUUUUGGGCAAUUGUUAUCGAUCACACGGAAACUACGAUGAAGCCGUCUCGUGGCAUGAGAAAGCUAGAAAAUUGCUGCAACAACAAGAUCAAACACCUCAACAAGAUGUUAAUGUUUCUACAAAUUUGGGUUUCUUGUCUCUCGACUAUUACGAGAAAGGAUGUUAUGAAGAUGCUAUAAAGUUGGGUUUGGAAGCACUAAAAAUACAACGAAGUCAUUCUCCACAUCCUCUUGAUAUUGCAACGAGUGAGAUGUGGUUAGGUACAUAUGAAAUCAAGGCUGGAAGACUUGAAGAGGCUAGAACCUAUUUGCAAACUUCCUUAUCAGUUUUGCAAGACAUGGUACCUACUAGUCGUCACACCGCAGAUUGUCAAUUUUACCUCGCUACGUUGUUUGUUGCUAUGAAAGAAGCGUCCCGCGCCAGUCUGCAUGUAGAGAAAUGUCUUGAGAUACGAAAGAAGAUUUUUCCAGUUGGUCACAGCAAAAUAGGAGAAGCCGAGUGUCUUAAACAAGAAAUUCAACGGCUGAAUGAAAAUGCAAGUUACUGACAUGAUAUUCUUACUUUGCUGAUUAUAGUGUUGCCGUUUGCUUGUGUUCUUGUUAAAAUUUAUGAGAUUGGUUAGCAUAUCGUACACACUCUAGGUAUGUCUAGAUAGGAUUGGAGCUUGUCAAUAUUGUAGUCAACAGUCUGUACACUUUCUACACUUGGUUGUCCAGACGUCAGUCUGCCGUUUCAACUUUUAUACUCCUACUGAGCUACAGACACAUAUACACUAGCGUUUGUGGAUUAUAUAAGAUUCGUCAAUUGAUACUCUUCUGUCAAUUUCUUCUGAUACCAAAUGAAAUACAUUGUU